UCCGGAACAUACAUAUGUAUACUCCUUAAAACAUUUCCCCUUCAACAAUAUUAUUACCAAAAGUCCGCCACUUUCUUCGAAUUGUUAUUGCUUUCUGUAUUUUAUGUUGCAAGUACGCACGUGAACAAUUAUAGUUACAAAUAACAUACAUAGAUGGGUUGAGACUUACAUACACACAUACAUAUAUACAGAUACCAAUAGUCUCACCGAUUUUGCAACGCUGACUGUCGCAAGCUUGACGGGCGGUCGACCGAACGGGGCGACUUAGUGGGGGUUGAUAUGCAUUGCAACUAUACGCGUAUGUAUUUUGUAUAUAUGUAUAUAUAUAUAUUUAUAUAUAUAUAUAAAUUUAGGCAGUUUUCGUAUGCAAUCACUAGUUUGUGAAAAGCAAAGCCGCAAUCGUUUUACGUCCCACAUACGCACGAUAAGAAAUGGGUUACAGUUAUAUAUAAAAUAUAGAUACGUAUGUAUACUUAUGUAUAUGGACACAUACGUGGUUUUACUUAAAGUUCUUAGUGGUUUGUGUGGAAACACAUAAGUACUAGACCAGCCUUUGGUUUUUGUUAUUUCUGUAACUGCAAUGUAUAAGAUGUACAUAUAAAUUCGACUUGGAAUUCACUGAGAACGCCGAUAGUUUUAAAAAAUGUUUUGAAAGGAAAUCCCUUCAUAUCCCUUUGAUCGUAUAAGAUAUGAGAUGUAAUUACACUUUAUAGAUCUUAAACUGUCAAGAAGAGCAUUUAAAAUACGCAAGUUUUGUUUAUCUGAUCUCAGUAAUCUAUUAUUCUUUGAGUCAGAACAACUUUUUUAUGACCUUAGCGUGAUAGUGGCGUUUUCUACUAUACAAGAUAUGCCCGAGAUGUAAUCUUUCUUUUAUAUUACUGUUUUAGAAAGAUUUUCAUUCAAUAUGAAGAAAUAAUGCUCGAGCGAAGUAUUCCCCAUUCCAAAUGGUUAUCUAAUAUUGUUGCGUAUUAUUUUGCAUUUAUAUACAUUUUUUUGCAUUUAUUAAUUGUUUCAGAAUGCUCUUCCUAACCUUGUUUAACCUUAAGUCGAUUUCCUGGGACAGGGUAGCUUUCAAUGGAUUUUAUACACAAUGGUAUAGUCUGAUUGAUAUCUUCUAUAGUGUUUUAGGAAUAUUUGCAAGACCCGUUUAUGAAAAUACUCCAUGUUUCGGUCCAAUUAAGUUGCUUGAUCGAUUGUAGUCUUAAGAGAGACAAACCAAUUUCGAAAAUUUUUAAUUAAUGCGUCUAAUACAAUCGGCAAUAACUUUGAUCUCUUAUUAUACGAUUGUAAAAACAUGACUUUCUACGAAGAGAAUCCUCUCUCACGUUAGUAUGGAGCUCUUACAAUAGAGAAGGCUUUCGCUUCAUAGUACAGUAUUGCAAUAUUUAUUGCUGCUUGCGUAUGAGUUGCUUGUAACCUUGAAACAGUCACGAACAGAGUAAGUAAAGGCCCGCUAAGUGACCUUGAAUAAUAUGACCUAGUCAGACUUUUGAUCGGAUAUGAGUGCAGACGAAUUUUUCCGGCGAAAUUUUUCACGAAAUUUUCCGCAUAAAUGGAAUACAUAACUAUGAGACAUAUGCAUAUGUAUAUAUAUACAGAUACCUAGCACAUACAUACAUACAUACAUACAUACAUACCUGUAUACCUGCGCUUUUGAUUUAAGCGAUUUUUGUUCAUAAGCUGACGCGCCAAAAAAAUGUAUUUCAUAUAAAAUUAGAAUAUUUUUGAUUGUUGGUGCUACACUUCUAAUUAGUGAGUUAUUUACCAUUGUUGAAAUCACAAAUGUUUGUAUAUUCCAGUUUGCUCCAGUUUGCGUUAGCCCACCUGAAUUGGUUCGAAGUGUUGAUAAAUUUCGCAUUUCGCCAAUUUUUUUAAUACUGUUUAUUUUUUUUUACAGUACAAUUAUUAUUUUCAUUAAACAUACAUAUAUACAUACAUUUGUGUGCACUUAGCACGAAGUACAAAGCAACAAAAAAUACAACAAUUCACAUCGCACCAUAUCCCUGCUAUCGCCACUUUGCCUUUUCAUUGACGCGCAGCCAUAUUCAGAACGCCGCCGUAACGCACAAACAAAUAUCUACAACAACACCAUUGUUAUUGCAGUAGCAGCUGUUUUUGCUGUUGUUGUUGUUGUUGUUAUUCGUGUAUAGUACAUGCUGUUGUUUUGUCGCCGUCGUUGCUAUUGUCGUCAUCGCCACAGCAACACUGUUGCCAUUGCCUGCACCCGGCUAGCCGCCAACGUCGCCUCCGCGCUCUGCGCACCACACAAGCAUGUCAACAACUGUACAUACAUACAUAUCUCUGCUAUGCUAUAUUGUACGCUUAUCGUGUCGCUUUUGCUUUCAGCUGCAGCAACAACAGUCGCAGCAGCAUUGGCGCUGGCUUCAGCAGCGUAAAACACUGUCGUUAAAUUGACUUGCGCCAGGUAGUUGGGAGCAAGUGUCGCGCGCUAGCGCUUAUGCUUAUGUGCAUUUGUGUGUAAAAAUGACGGUGCGUUUGCAUGCGCUGGUAUAGUAUGUAUUGAUUGUGGUUGUCAACGCGUCAUUACUUUGACCAAACAACGUACAGCCAGCCGCCAGCUAGUGUUGCUAUAUUGUCAGCGACGUUUGCCUUGUUGUUGACGUUACUUAAUGGUUUCGUUCAGUUUUUGCUCGGCUAUUGUUGCUGCUUGCUCGUACAAAUACUAGCGCGCACGCAUACAUGCACAUGCUUUCCCUCUCUUGCUUCGCUGUGGCUACCAACGCAGGCUAUACCCUGCCGCUCUCGCCGCAACCACUUUGCAGCAGACAGUGACAAGCAAUCGCUGCUGCCGCCCCGCUGUACACACACACAUACGAGAAACUCAACCAACCGAACUCAGCCCAGUUUAGCUCAGCACAGCACAUUUCGCAUUCAGUUGCUCGUCUACCGUUGUAGCUGUUGCUCGCUUUUUUUCGUCGAUUGCCAUCGUCGUUACAGCGCAUACCUACAUACAUAUAUAUAUAUAUCGUAUUUGUACAGCGCGCAUUGUUUGUGUGUGCGCCGCCGCUUCAGUCGUUUGUUAUCGUUUGCCGCGUUGAUUCGUUUGUUCAUUCCGCCAUUGGUUGACCACAAUUGCAAGUUGCUGUGCUGCGAAAUUGCAGUUGCUACACCAGCGCGUUGCUGUUAGGUGAUUUCAUCAUUGCCUUCUGCGUCAUUUGUAUCGAGCGCCUUGGUGAGACGUGUUUGCGCGGUGUGCGCUCUGUUAUUAAAAUAAUAUAGUGAAUUGCAGCAACUGUUGCCACUUAGUGUUGACAUAAAUAUACAAUAACAAAAUAUAACUUUGUUGAAAUAUAACGCAUUCUCGUUUAGCGCGUUCUGACAGUUUCGUGAAACUUAACGCUUUGACAGUAUUUGUCUGCCGCGCGGUUGAAACGCGUCAGUCGCAAGUGUUUAUUAGUGCUUUUAUCGCGCUUGUGUCCGUAUAUUGCAAGCGCAUAUGAGCACAUAUUGUAAGUGAUUUUAUUGCAUCGUAACAACAAAAACCACAACAGUUGUAGAAGCAAAUAACCAAAGCAAAAUGAGGCUGUCCACAUCGAACGACUCCAAACCGGAUAAUUAUCAAAUUAACGCAAAAAUCUGCCGUCUAGUCGAGCGCUACCCUUGCAUGUACGAUCGCUCGCAUCCGCACUACCUGAAAAAGGAUGUUGUCGAUAAGGCGUGGGUGAAGAUAUCCAAGGAAAUGGAUGACUCAAUUCCCUCAUGCAAAGAGCGCUGGCGCAACAUACGUACCUCUUUCGCGCGUUCCAUCAAUGUCAACAAAAUACCGUCCAGCGCGAAUCGUACCAAACCAUAUUACCUACACGAAGAGCUACAGUUCCUUGCACGUCACAUAACACCCGGCAUACCGGUGUCACGUCGUCCCAACUAUUACACAUCGGCCGAUGAGAAAAGCGAAAUGAUUGAGGUACCCAUUGGUGAGGAGUCCUUUGACGGCUUCGUGGCCAUGGCAGCACAGGAGGAGGAAGAGGAGGAGGAACAACAGCGUAACACUGACGAAGAUGAUUCACGUCAGGAACGUACACCUUGCAGUAGCGGAGAUGAAGGCACACUAACGGGCAAGGCUGAUCAACAAAUAGUGCAGUGCCAGCAACAGUGCACGGAGGAAAUGCAAGUCGAUGCGAUGGAACGUAAAUUACCAGUGCAAAACUCACCGCUGCCGCUGCUGUCGCAACAUAUACAACAACAACAACCUGUCUCUAUGCCGCAACAACAGCAGCUGGUAGCGACACCGCCGAUCAAUACCAUGGAAGUGGAACGCAUUGUGGCCGAAGUGCCAGUGGUGCCACUUUAUCCGUUUAAAAAGCGUUUGCGCACCGCCGAGUCCAUGAUGUGCGCCGAAGUGGAGCAGGAGCGCGAUAUCAAGCCGCAGCCCAGUGAACUCUGCACGCCCGAUCCUGAUUUUGAUGCCGCUUUCCUGCAAGGUUUGUUGCCCGAAAUGAAGGCGAUGGACUUCCGUCAAAAGAUAAUUUUCAAGAAGCGCAUCUACGAAGUAAUCGGUGAGAUAUUCGAGAACACAGCACAUGCCAGCAGCGUAAUACGGCGGCCGUCGCAUUCAAAUAGCAUACAUAACGGUAACAUAUCCAUUGCCAGCAGCAAUGGCUAUACGAAUGGCUAUACAACGAGCAGUAAACGACGUACACCCACACCCAGACCGACACCGGCAACUUCGCCUUCAGCUUCCGGCUAUGCCUCACCGUUACAUAUGCUGAACACCGCCUCACCCACCGCAAUGACUGUAGUGAAUGCCGCGGAUUUGGCGAUGAUACGUCGUCUCAGCACCUUGCUACAGAGUCCUGCGGUAGCGUCCAGCACCACCGCUAUGACCGCGUUACCAAAGAAUGUCGCCUCGAUCUCCUCGACGGUGCGCCACUCAGCUAAUACACCACCAACAACGGUAGCGUCACCGGCUUCUGCUGUAGCGCAUCGCGGCGCUAUGACGCGUUCCAGCGCCAAUCUUUUGCGCACCAAUAUAGUCAACGGCACCACGCCCUCCUCAUCUACCACUUAUGCCUCAGCCUCGUCAACACCAGCCGCCACCAGUCAUGCAGUCAAGCAGGAGCUGUUGGACGACUGAGCGUUCAUUUUGCUUUAGUUUCCAUGUGUGUUUGACUAGUUCAACUGUUUUUAAUGCUUUGGGUAAAU